UCCUAUAAACCCGUUGACGUCACAGCGGUGCGACACUCAUCUUUGUCAGUGAACAAAAUGGCGUCUUACUGUUUGACUGUCACUAGGCUGCGGCUGGCCCUUGGAACCGGGGCAAGGCGCAUUCAUGUCACCGCAGCCUUCAGCGCCAAGGCCAAAGUGGCCAUGAGCCGCUUUGAGCCUGGCUCCAGCAUUAACUAUGGGAAGAUGCACGAGAACAUCAACAUUGUACGCAAGAGGCUCAACAGGCCUCUCACUCUGUCCGAGAAGAUUGUGUACGGUCACCUGGACGAUCCAGUCGGGCAGGAGAUCGACCGCGGCCGCACCUAUCUGCGCCUGCGUCCAGACCGUGUGGCUAUGCAGGAUGCUACAGCUCAGAUGGCAAUGCUUCAGUUCAUCAGCAGUGGUCUGCCCAAGGUGGCUGUGCCCUCCACCAUCCACUGUGAUCACCUGAUUGAGGCCCAGAUUGGAGGGGCUCAGGACCUGCAGAGGGCUAAGGAAGUGAACGAGGAAGUUUACAACUUCCUUUCAACUGCUGGAGCCAAAUAUGGAGUUGGCUUCUGGAAACCAGGCUCUGGGAUCAUCCAUCAGAUCAUCCUGGAGAACUAUGCCUAUCCUGGAGUGAUGCUGAUUGGUACAGACUCCCACACACCCAAUGGUGGUGGCCUGGGUAGCAUCUGUAUCGGAGUGGGUGGAGCUGAUGCUGUGGAUGUGAUGGCUGGAAUCCCUUGGGAGCUCAAGUGUCCCAAAGUGAUUGGAGUGAGGCUGACAGGCACCCUGUCUGGCUGGACCUCUCCAAAGGACGUCAUCCUGAAGGUGGCUGGCAUCCUGACUGUAAAGGGCGGCACUGGGGCCAUUGUGGAGUAUCACGGGCCUGGAGUUGAUUCCAUCUCCUGCACUGGAAUGGCCACCAUCUGUAACAUGGGUGCUGAGAUUGGAGCAACCACGUCCAUUUUCCCAUACAACCAUCGCAUGAAGACGUACCUGGAGAAAACUGGCCGUGGGGAGAUCGCCUCUUUGGCUGAUCAGUUCAAGGAUGACUUGGUCCCAGAUAAAGGCUGUGAAUACGACCAGACCAUUGAGAUUAACCUGAGUGAGCUGAAGCCCCACAUCAACGGACCUUUCACCCCGGACCUGGCCCACCCUGUGUCUGAGAUCGGGGCUAUUGCUCAGAAGAGCGGCUGGCCCCUGGAGGUUAAAGUUGGUCUGAUUGGCAGCUGCACCAACUCGAGCUACGAGGACAUGGGCAGAGCGGCCUCUCUGGCCAAGCAGGCUCUGGAUAAAGGUCUGAAGUGCAAGGCCCAGUUCACAGUCACCCCUGGUUCUGAACAGAUCCGUGCCACCAUCGAGAGGGACGGAUAUGCCAAGAUCCUGAGUGAUGUUGGUGGAAUUGUACUCGCCAAUGCUUGUGGACCCUGCAUUGGACAGUGGGACAGGAAGGACGUGAAAAAAGGAGAGAAGAAUACCAUCGUCACUUCCUUCAACAGGAACUUCACUGCCAGGAAUGAUGCUAACCCCGCUACUCAUGCUUUUGUCACCUCUCCUGAGAUUGUCACUGCCUUGGCCAUUGCCGGAACCCUCAACUUCAACCCCGAGACGGACUACCUGACUGCUCCUAAUGGAGAGAAGUUCAAGCUGGAGCCCCCCACUGGUGACGAGCUCCCCUCCAAAGACUUCGACCCGGGACAGGACACCUACCAGCAUCCUCCUGCUGAGGGCGGCUCAGUUAAGGUGAACGUGAGCCCAUCCAGCAACCGUCUGCAGCUGCUGGAGCCCUUUGACAAAUGGCACGGAAAAGACCUGGAAGACAUGAGGGUCCUCAUCAAGGUGAAGGGAAAGUGCACCACUGACCACAUCAGUGCUGCCGGGCCCUGGCUGAAAUUCCGUGGUCACCUUGACAACAUCUCCAACAAUCUGCUGAUUGGUGCCGUUAACAUUGAGAACGAUGCUGUGAACAAGGUCAAGAACCAGCUGACUGGGGAGUACGGAGGUGUGCCCGAUGUGGCCCGCCAAUACAAGGCCAGUGGAGUGAACUGGGUGGUGGUUGGAGAUGAGAACUAUGGAGAAGGAUCCAGCAGGGAGCAUGCUGCCCUGGAGCCAAGGCACCUGGGAGGACGCGCCAUCAUCGUCAAGAGCUUUGCCAGAAUCCACGAGACUAACCUGAAGAAACAGGGCCUGCUGCCUCUGACUUUUGCCGACCCCAGUGACUACGACAAAAUUCUCCCAGAUGACAAAAUUUCAAUCACCGGGCUGAAAUCCUUUGUCCCCGGCAAGCCCCUGACAGCAGUGAUCAAGCACGGAGAUGGCAGCCAGACUUCCAUCUCUCUAAACCACACCUUCAAUGAGACACAGAUCGAGUGGUUCAAGGCCGGCUCCGCCCUCAACAGGAUGAAGGAGCUUCAGUAAUUGGUGGAGAGAAGGGAGGCGGGGCCCGUAGGGGGCCAUCGAGGGGGCCUUGGCGUGGGUUAAGAAGGGGAGAAAUGUGGGCCUAGAGUGGGGCUUCGCAAAGAGGAAGAGACGGCGUUAACGGUAGAUUGUAACCAGAUUUGGUUUAGGGACAGCUGUAGUCAUGCUCAGUUAAAGAAAGAACACACACACGCACGCACACAAACACACACACACACAAGGUCGCUGUACAGAUGAAAAGCGCACACACACACACAAACACGGAGGCACGUAAACACGCACAGACAGGAUUACUGUGAAAGCACUUCCCGGUUGAAAGACAGAAUUACACAAACGCACAUAACCGCAGCCACGUCUGUGUGAGAAGCGUAGCAAUGUGUCUCUGUUUUAGGCAGCGUCGCUCAUACUGGCAGCACUCCUCUGUUUAAAAUCUGAUUUGUCAAGCGUUUUUGUUCAUCGAGUGUAACCCCGUAGUUGGUUUCAUACACAAACGCUCAUCUCUGUCCAUCGAAGGGAGUUGUAAAAUUUUUGAUAUAUUUAUGACAGAUCGGUAUCACCACUGUAUAUCUAUAAAAAGGAAGUUGUUCAGUUUCACCAAAAAUCACUCUAAGCUCACCUCUAUCAAAACAGGUUGCAUUAACAUAACGGUAUUAUUUAUAAUCAACCACACGGUAUACCAUCUUUAAUGACUGUACCUAGCAGUAUACAAACCUGAUUCAGACCCUGAAUCAGUAAAGUUAGAUCUAGAUAAAGAUAUACAAGAAAAAAAAAACUGUAAAGCAGUGAAGUGUGAACAGUAAAAUCCAGCCCAAGACCAGAAAAAUCUCCAUUAUACCUCCUCUGUAAUGUUAUCUCCAUCCAAACAGCUCAAUAAGCUGACUUACUUGAAUGUAAUGUUUCCUUCAUUAUCUCCAGACCUGAACAGUACAUCUUUUCCAGGUUAUCUGUAGCUAUAAUAUGCCAAACGGUGAUGAUCUCUACUAGCUCCUACUGUAGAGGGCUGAGGGGUGUCGCUGCUUUCUGAUGUGAUUAUUGACUUGAACAAAUGUUUUCUCGGUCACUGUUGAUUGGAACCACACUGUAAACAAACAACCAGGCUCACUUAUUUACUGUAAGCAGCAUCAGUGAAAGUCCCUCGGCCCCUGCAGUCAUUGUACAACUGCAGCCCACUCUGUUCUCACUCACUCUGAGGUCUUGUCACGCCACUUUUGUUGCACUUUUCCAUUAUGACUGUAGUUCACUCCGGUACAUUUCAGUCAGCACGUGAAUCUCACUCCCUGCUGCUCCCUUUCGCAUCAUGUAACCCUCCAUUGUGUGAAAACUUUCCCGUGUGGUGGUCUCUCUUUCUCUGAUUAGGACAACAAACCAGAGCACGUAACGCUAGUCGCUUGUCGGUUUUUUCUGUCUAUUUGUACUUUGUCUUGUGUUUGUGUGUGUGUGUAUGUGUGUGUGUGUGUGUGUGUGUGUAUGUGAUGCAUGAUUAUUUUUAUCAGGUUAACAUCGGUCUGUGUUUGCAGCUGUCUGUCCCUCUUUGCUCAUCCUGCCUAGCUUUCAGUCUGGCUCAUGCGGUCCAAACCACAACCUAAUAUGUUUGCUAAAAUAGGCUGUAAUCAGGUUAGUGUUACUAGACAGUAAAGCUGCACUCUUCUCUUUAGCAAAUAAAGAGAAGAGUAUUGCACUGUAGAUUAACCCUGUUUGCCCAAAUGACAUUCUGAUGUAGUUUAUGGACACCUGAAAAACAGCGUAAUAAACACUCCACUACACCUCUAUAGUAGAUUGUUUAGAAUAAAACCUCGUCCAGCUCAGACGUCAUGUUAACAUAGUGUCUCAGUGUUUUACAGCUGCCCCUCACUUUCAUCUGGAGCUGCCAGUGUGUGAAAUUGCCUCAUGUAGCUGUAAUGGGAGAUGACAGGGUGUGUUUGUCUUUGAACUGAAUGUUUUUCCAGGUUGAGGUUUGGUCCUCCAUAGCAUGAGAAGGCCUCCUGUCUUCUUACACAAAGUAACGCACAAUCUAGUGUCCAGACGCCUGGACUCUAGCACUUUGUAGAAUUAGGGAAGUAGGUUUUAGGUGUGCUUUGCAUCAUUUAUCCUCCGCAAAUGUUUUACUCUUCAGCGUACAUCUUCGUUGUGUGUGACUCUAUAGGACUGACAUACAACUUGUACUACUCAUUAUCGAGACAUGAAUUUUGCGACAGUAGAAAGAUUUAGAUUCAAGAUCAUUCUUUUAUUAGAUUGGGUAAUGCCAUGAUGUACACAUAGCGUGCGUCACUGAAACAGCGCGGUUAUAUAUUUUUGUGGGCUUAGGGAUGUUUGAGGUCAUUGCUGCUUUGUUUUAUGUUGGAGUACUGCUGGUGUUUAGCUCAUCAUCAUGCAGAAGGUCUAUAAAUCUCUUCCUUCUUCUGUUGCAGAAGUAACAGCGCUUUUGAUUUAUAAUUACAGUUGCUGAGGUAAAUCCCUAUGUACUCAAAAGUCACUGAGUUUGGUCUUGUGCGUAAAUGAUGUGAUAUAUAGCUGCACUUUGUAUAGGGGUGUGUACAUAACUAAUAAAUCAUAAAUAUAUAUAUAUAUAUAAAUAAAUAAAGAGAGAGAACAAGAGACAUGCUGUAUGCUGCCCAUCUAAACGAGAGCUGUUAACUCUUGAAACAAAAUUUAAUGUAUUGUCCCGAUUCUGUCGUCAUUAUUAAAGUGAAUCUCCAUUAAUCUAAUGGUUUCACAAACCAGUUGACACAUGGAUUUUGGGUCUUGACAGUGAGAAAAGGGACUUGUUAUUUUUAGAAAGGUGACUCAUGAAGGUUUUGUUUAGUUUUCUUAAUUUUUAGUUCUGUGUUCAAAUAGUUUUAAGGGACAGAGAUGAUUUGAAACAGCAGGAGCCUUUGUUUUAAAGACUUUUUGGAUAUCAACGACUCCUUAUAGGGUUUGCUGUUCAUACACUCAACUGCGAAACACUUUGAGAAUCAUCACAAAAACGGUUUCAUGUCCCCGUUACACUCAUCACCUACGUGGUUAAACACUCCACGUCAGUUUGUCAGAAUAACUGCCAAAGAUGCCUAAUGAAAAUAUAUGGAUGUUGAUGAUGAACAGAAGUUGUGGUUGUUCAUGAGACGUUGCUGUGUGUGGCCCGUUUUUAUGUGAAUUACGAAAAAUAUCACCAUGUCCAUAAUCGUCUGAAUAUGUACAGGGUGUUUUUUUUCCCCACCGAAUGGAUCAGAUUUCAUGUGUAUUGUGAACCAUCUUCAAAAUACUGAUUGAUUUUAAUUACCUCUUUCAGCACAUUUUAAAUUGCCGCUUGUGAUGCAUUUUGCUUCUACUGUGAUGUAAGAUAAGGAUUUGUUGUUCACUGGUUCAGGUCUUUGAGUUUUAAAAGUACCACUGUAAAGUGACAAAUCAAAUGAUGUUAUUCAUGAAGGCAUUGUGUGCUAGCAUGCCCAUUGUGUCAUUUUGUACUCAGGUGUGCUUCGUUUGGUCAGGCUUCCUCUGAUGUGUUUGAAAUCAAUUCUUCAACAUGCUUCAUUUGUUCAGAUGAAAAUGAAAUAUGAACAGAUGUUAUUUCGUAGUGAUGAUUCCCCUCACACUCCUGUGUUCAAAUUCAACUUGAUUUUAUAAAAGUAGAUGAUUUAAAAUGCUUGCAGUUUUAUAGCUUGCAAGAUCUUGACAUCUUUACAUUAUAAAUGGUUAAUUAAUAAAGAUAAAAUUCUGAAGUGGC